AUGGCCUCAUCACAAAAGGCUCCAACUUUCAAAGUGACCCGGAAAACCCCAGAGCUGAUCCCGCCGGCAAAGCCCACGCCCCACGAAUUCAAGCCUCUUUCCGACAUUGACGAUCAAGAGGGCCUCCGUUUCCAGAUUCCGGUCAUACAGUUCUACCGGAAAAACCCGUCCACAGAAGGGAAAGACCCGGCCCGUGUCAUUCGGGCCGCGGUGGCAGAGGCGCUCGUCUACUACUACCCGUUGGCCGGGCGGCUGAGGGAGUUCGCCGCCAGGAAGCUGGUGGUCGAGUGCAACGCCGAAGGUAUCUUGUUCAUCGAGGCCGAUGCCGACGUGGCGUUAUCGGAGUUCGGGGACAGCCUUCAGCCGCCGUUCCCCUGCCUCGAGGAGCUGCUGCACGAUGUUCCGGGCUCCGGCGAGGUGGUUGGUUGCCCGUUGAUUCUCAUUCAGGUCACGCGCCUGAAAUGCGGAGGCUUCAUCUUCGCCCUCCGCCUCAACCACACCAUGGCCGACGCCGUCGGCCUCGUCCAGUUCAUGUCCGCAAUCGCCGAGCUCGCGCGUGGAAACAACGUCCCCUCCGUACGACCCGUGUGGGACCGCCACCUCCUCAGCGCACGGGACCCGCCGCGCGUGACCCACAUCCACCGCGAGUAUGAGUCCAUCCCGGACACCAAGGGGACCCUCGUCCCCCUCGACAACAUGUCCCACCGCUCCUUCUUCUUCGGACCGGCCGAGAUCGCCGCCCUCCGCGGCCGACUCCCGCCGGAACUCCGCCUCCGCUGCUCCUUCUUCGAGGUCCUCACCGCCUGUCUCUGGCGGUGCCGGACGGCGGCCAUCUCGCCGGACCCCGACGAGGAGGUCAGGGUCAUCUGCAUCGUCGACGCCCGCCGGCUGCUCGACCCGCCGCUCCCCGUCGGCUACUACGGCAACGCGUUCGCCUUCCCGGUGGCGAUCUCCGCCGCCGGGAGGCUGACGGGGAGCCCGCUGGGGUACGCGGCGGAGCUGGUGAGGGGGGCGAAGGCCGGCGUGACGGGGGAGUACAUGAGGUCGGUGGCGGACCUGAUGGCGUCCGGCGGCCGGCCUCACUUCGCGGUGGUGAGGACAUACCUAGUGUCGGACCUGAGCCGGGCGGGGUUCGAGGAGGUGGACUUCGGGUGGGGCGCGGCGGCGUACGGCGGGGCGGCGAAGGGGGGCGUGGGGGCAAUCCCGGGGGUGGCGAGCUUCUACAUACCGAUGAAAAACGGGAGGGGGGAGAGGGGCGUGGUGGUGCCCGUCUGCCUGCCGGCGGACGCCAUGGAAGUUUUCGUGAGGGAGGUCGAGGCCAUGGUAUACCUCAUUCUUAUCCCCAAGGUACAACCACCAACAGCAACGUACAAUGCUUCGCCCGAACCCUGCACCCCCACCCCGUCGAGUAGCCAGACUAGGUACAUCCUUACCGUCAUAUCUCCGCCGGCGCCCUCCGACAGAGCUACACCUUCACCCCACACCUUCACCUAUCGCCACAACUCCACCACACGGAGGAUUAGUCAAUGA